AUGGAGGAGACCUACAAUGCAAUCUAUGGAUAUACCACCAAUCCCCACAAUCGUGAUCUCUCCAGUGGUGGCUCAUCAGGGGGCGAAAGCGCGUUGCUGGCUCUGGGCGGGUCUCCAAUGGGCGUUGGUACAGAUGUCGGGGGUUCGAUCCGGAUACCGGCAUCGUUUUGUGGGUUAUACUCUCUGAAACCAUCAUCAGGCCGCUUUCCCACAUCAGGGUUGAGGGAUGUCAUGGAGGGUCAAAAGGCAGUACCGAACACAGUUGGCCCAAUCUCCAGGUCUAUCGCUGGACUUGAGCUUUGGAGCAAGGCAGUGUCGGAGAUGAAACCGUGGAUGAAGGCUGACCCUGAUUGCUUCCCAAUCCCGUACCGCGAUAUAGAGAUCCCAGACAAACUUUGUUUUGGCUUUUUGCCUGAUGAUGGGGUUGUCAAACCGCUACCACCCGUCGCCCGUGCCCUCGAAAUCACGAAACAGGCCUUGGAGGCAGCCGGACACACUGUGAUUGAAUUCAAGAUCGAUGAUCCUUUGUACACAGAAAACCUCAAAUUUGCCUUGUACCGUUCUGGUGCAGCGGAUGCCUUGCACAAGGUUCUUGCAAGGACAUGGGAGCCAUGGCCUCGUGGUAUGGAAAUACUUCAAAAGAUGAUAGAAUCAAAGGAAGCACCUGGCUGCGUCGGCAGUCGUCCCACAGUCUCCGAUCUCUGGGGGGCGCAAGUCAAGACCGCGGAGUACGCCAAACAAAUACUGCAGUCAUGGGUGGCUACCAAAACAAGAACAAAUACUGGGAGAGAGAUGGAUGCCCUACUGACACCAUGUACCGUGUGGCCAGCCUGUCAGAAGUAUGGGUUUAUAUACGACAACUACACCAGUUUGUGGAAUGUGCUUGAUUACUGCGCGUCAACCAUUCCAGUAACAUCUGUCUCUCAAGACGAAGAUGCGAAGUAUGAUUACGAAGGCCGCAAUGCAACUGAGACUGAGGUUUGGAAUGACUUUUCUCCUGCCGCCUUCAGAGGAGCUCCUGUCGGUGUACAACUCGUCGGUCGCCGGUGGAAUGAAGAGCAUCUGCUGAAGGUUACUACGGCGUGUGAUGGUGCUUUGAAGCACUAUCAAAUGCUUGAACCGGUCAAGAUUGCUGGAAUUCAUGGAAACGACGAAAGGUAA